CCCGUCACAAAAAUCAGAAAUUUCCAUUAAUAACGCAUCCAUUAACCUUCUUCCCUUUCGAAAUCGCUUCCCAUUUCCAUUUUCUCAUCGCCAUUUCUUCGAUUUCAUCUUCUGAACCUGAAAAUUCCUGUUUUCUUGCUCCAGGUUUUUCGAGUUCUCUAUUUUCUCUCUAUUUUAGCUGUAAUUUUAAUUUAUUAAUUUCUGUGAUUGUGAUUAUUUUUUUUUUCCAUUUUUUUAGUGAUAAAACCUAGGGUUUUGAUUCCGUUUGUGGCCUUAGAAAGAAAAAAAGACUUUAGCUUUUUUUCUUUUUGUUGACUGAAGAAGUUAGUGUGAACUAUUUAUCCGUGGCGAUUUGAACCCUUGACCUUUCCUUAAAGUUUAGGUUGAAAGUUGGUGCCCAAAAUUUAGGUUUCAAAGUUGUGGGUACCACUUCGGAGAAAGCUCAUGUUGGGGGAAAUAUGGGGAAAUGCUCCUCGGGAGGCUGCUCAUGGUGUAGCUGCUUCGGAAUUUGAGCAACUUAACUAGCAAGUCGGGUUCUUAUAAUUGUAGCAUAAACAGAAAAAAACCAUGAUAUUCCAGUUUGGUCAAGGAAGUAUAGUAUGUCUGGAAACAAUGUCAAAGAUGAUGGGGUGGAAAGGUCAAAGACAAAAGGUAUCAUCUUUGGAAGGUUAACUUCUUCGGGCUCAUCCAUCACAGGGAAGUCUGAGGGAAGCUCAAGUACCAUUUUUGAACAGGUGAAGUUGGAGAAAGGAGGAAAACCAAUCGACCUUGAUGCUAUCAAAUGCAGUGAAAAUAUAAAGCGAGUUGUAGACCUAGAGAGAGAUACUUCUAAGAGGAAAAGAGAUGCUCGCAGCUACAGAAAAUGGAUCAUGUCUCAAUCAAUUAAAGAUAAGGUGUUAGGAAAGAUAGAUCAACCAUCAUAUGGCUGGGUUUCCAAGGAAAAUGAGGAGAAAGUUGGUCAGAGUUUGCUUCCAUGUUAUAAAAGACAGAGGUCAGAUUUUGAUUCAAAACAAUACAGUUCUUUCAAUGCAAAACGGGAACAUAACUUGCAUGGCAUUUUUGCUCCCAAGGCAGUUCAUGGAGAAGCAUCUACAGCUAGGAGUCCUCAAGAGAAUGAUACUGCAGGCAAUGACACAAAGGACCAGACUUUAGUCUCUAAAGAAAAUGAUGGAAAGGAACCUGUUUCUCAGCUACCCAUGCGAUCCACUGAAGAGUAUGCGGACGAUGUCCAGGGAGAGAAACCCCAUUUAGAAAUUCAAACUGAUGGUCAGCAUAAUGCCUGUUCCAUUUGCAGCCUUGGUGGAAAGCUUUUGACCUGUUCUGGAAAAGGGUGCAAAAGGAGCUACCAUCUCUCUUGCCUCAAUCCUCCGUUGAUUAAUGACCCUCCCAGAAUUUGGCACUGUAUUUUGUGUGUUAAAAAGAAAAUUGAACUAGGUGUGCUGGCUGUCUCUGGAGAAAUAGAGUCCAUUUGGGAUGCUAGAAAGGUAGUUUCAGAUUCUAAAGUAAUGCAGAUGGAGAAACAGUAUUUAGUCAAGUAUCAAGGUCUUGCACAUGUUCACAACUGCUGGAUUCCUGAGACAAAGCUGCUUCUUGAGGCUCCAAAGCUUGUUGCAAAAUUUAACAGAAAAAAUCAGGACAUUAGGUGGAGAACAGAGUGGACUGUCCCACAUCGAUUGUUACUGAAGAGACAAUUAUCAUUUUCUAAAAAUUGUGACGAGUAUUUUGAUGAGCAUGUUAUGAGUAAGUCAGACUGCAGUCAUGAGUGGCUUGUGAAAUGGAGUGGUCUUGGUUAUGAGCAUGCUACAUGGGAGUUGGAGAAUGCUUCAUUUUUGAGAUCACCUGAAGCUAUGAAGCUCAUUAUAGAUUAUGAGACCCGUCAUCGGAAGGGGAGCUCAACUCUUUCUGAAGCAGAUAAGAAUGGCGCAAAGUGCCUUUCUGAACUCUCAGAGUUAACACUGGGAGGUUCAUCUGGAGAAUACAAUCGUCAUCUAAGAUAUGUUAAUAAGCUUCGUGCAUGUUGGCAAAAAAAUCAGAAUGCUGUUAUCCUUGAUGAUCAAGCGGAUCAGGAGCGGGUUUUGAAGGUUAUUCUAUUUGUGUUAUCUUUGCAAUUUAUUGCAUGGAAACCUUUUCUAGUCAUAUCAACUUCCAGUGCACUUUCUUUGUGGGAAUCUGAGUUCCUAAGUGUGGCACCAUCUUCCAAUAUCAUACUUUACAGAGGGAACAAGGAUGUACGGAGUAGUAUCAGAACGUUGGAAUUCUACAAUGAAAGUGGUUGUAUAAUGUUUCAAGUACUUUUGGCCUCUGUAGUUGUUGUUGUUGAGGAUUUGGAAAUAUUAGAACGUAUAGGAUGGGGAGCAGUUAUAAUUGAUGAGUGCCAAGCCUCACAAAUGUCAAGACACUUUGAACAGAUUAAAAUGCUACCAACUGAUAUGAGGCUUCUUCUUGUCAGUGGUCAAGUCAAGGAGUGUGCCUCCGACUAUCACAGUCUGCUCUCUCUCCUCAAUGCUGCACAUGGGCUAAGUAAUGACCUUACGAAAAUUGACUCUGAUAAUGAUAUUGCCAAAUUGAAGGACAUAUUUGCACAUUAUAUUGCAUUUCAAUGCAAUUCAGAUUCCUCUAGGUUUGUUGAGUAUUGGGUCCCUGUCAAGCUUUCUAACCUGCAACUUGAGCAGUAUUGUUCCACACUCCUAUCAAACUCAAUGUUGCUUAAUUCGCAUCUGAAAAAGGAUCCAGCUCAUGCCCUCUGUGACGUUAUUAUUUCUGCUAGGAAGUGUUGUGAUCAUCCUUAUCUGCUAGAUCAGUCUCUUCAAAGCAUCAUCACCAAAGGACUUUCCAUGGAAGAGAAACUGGAUGUUGAAGUAAAAGCAAGUGGAAAACUGCAGCUUCUUGAUAAAAUCCUUUUGGAGUCUAAAAGAAGGGGUCUACGAGUAUUAAUUCUUUUCCAGUCAAUUCGUGGUUCUACAUGGAAUUCAAUUGGGCAUAUUUUGGAUGACUUUAUCUGUCAAAGAUUUGGUGAGGAUUCUUAUGUAUGCAUUUAUGGAGAAUUUCCCCGUGCGAGAAAACAAGCUUCUGUGAAUAUGUUUAAUGAUAAAAAGGGUGGGAGAUUUGUCUUUCUGAUUGAAGACCGGGCUUGUCUCCCUAGCAUUAAACUUACUGCAGUUGACAUCAUUAUUCUAUUUGACAGCAAUUGGAACCCACAAAGUGAUUUGAAAGCUCUUCAAAGGAUCACUAUAUGUUCACAGUCUGAAAAGCUAAAAGUGUUCCGAUUAUAUUCAUCUUGUACUGUGGAGGAAAAAGUUCUGAUUCUUGCAAAGGAAGGUAUGGCUAUGGAUAGUAAUAUGUGCACUUUAAACUGGAAUAGCUGCUACACACUACUAAGUUGGGGUGCCUCUUAUCUCUUCAAUAAGCUUGAUGACUUCCAUGGCUGUUGCGAUUCAGCCUCAGUUUCAAAUGUAUACCAUGAGCAGUCGUUUCUGAAUGAUAUACUCUCAGAGUUGCUAAACUUAUUACCUUGCAGCAGCGAAAGUGGUCAUUCCACCAAGAACUCAAUCAUUACAGAAGUACCCCAGGAUGGUGUUUAUGUCAGAAAUAUAUUUUUAUAUGGGGAAAGGGAAAUUGAAUUCACAUGCAAUGAAUCACCUGCUGUUUUCUGGAAAAAUCUGCUCAAAGGAAGACAUCCAACAUGGAAAUUUUUGUCUAAUUCAUCUUCAAGAAUUCGGGAAAAGGUUCAAUAUAUUGAGUAUCCCUCAAGAGAAUCUGAAUUUAAAUAUGAUACUUUUCGAGAGAAGAGGGUAAAGGUAGUAAGCCAUACUGAUUGCCAGGCACAUCUUAAAUGGAAGACGAAGGGAAAAAGGCAUCUAAAUGCUAGUAGGAAGAAAAGAAAGCUAACUGUGCCAUCUAAGAACUCAACUGGUGCAAAAAGGUUCUCUUGUUCACCAGAUGAUACAAAUGACAUAAGUCAGAUCACUACAUCUGUGGAACCAGGGAUCUCAGAGCUCUGUAGAGUACUUCAACUACCAGAGAAUGUCAGGGGCGCUGCACUGGAAUUUCUCGGCUACAUAACAAAAUAUUAUUAUGUUAGUUGGGAAGCAGUUGCUACAUCACAAGCCUUUCAGAUUUCUGUGUGUUGGAUGGCUGCUGCACUUCUGGACUACAAGAUUGAUUGGUCUGAAUCACUUACUCUUGCAAAACUUCAAUUGAAUUUUGUCUGCAAUGAGGAAGAGGCCCAUUAUAUUUACAUGAAAUUGCAGAGUGUUAAGAAAGAAUUUACACAGUGUUCUAACAGUAUAAACGGUCUCAAUAAGUCAGAUUAUGCAAGUUCUAAAACAUCAAUGACAUCUGACCUGCAAGAAUCAGACAGGGGGGAGAUACCAGUUGACUCGCGUGGAGAGAAUGUUGCUGACCAACUGGCACCUGCAACUUGUGAUGAGCAGCUCAAUGAAAUCAGCUGUUACUGUGAUGCACUGCAAGACCAUGCUCCAUUGUUAGAUUCUCCACCGCACCUCUGUCCUGUUAGACACAUGCAAACUUUUCAGUCUCCGGUGAAAGUGAAACCAUCUGAAAAAACUCUAUGCAGUGAAGUUGUUAGAGAUGAUGGCUCUGGGAAAAUUACCAACACUCUGCAAUCUAACAAAAAGAGAUCAGAUACUUUGGUGCUAGAAAAAUCAACCCAUUCAAUGAUCAGUCUAUCUGGAGGGUUGGCUGCUUCAGGUGUUGCUGAGGGCAGCCAAUCGGUGGUGCAGGCAGAAGUUGGCAUUAUUGAAGGAAAUUCAGUAUCUUCAAAAGAACUACCUAUCUUUCCAGUUCCAUCCUCUCCAAAGUCCACUUUAUCUACCAUACCGGCAUCCAUUGGGACUCAACAUCUUAGUGAUGGAAGACAUGCCUCCAUUCAAGAGGCUCAAAUUUCAGGAAUAACACCCUUACAGGAUCAAGCGGAACUCUGUAGCCCUGCUGUUACACAUCCCAAUGCAAAUCUGUUAGUGCAAUCGUUUACAAGUGUGUCUGUGGGUGAAGCAGAAACAGAAGUCCAGAAUCUUUGGAUGCAACAGCUGCCCAUCUCCAAAAUUUCAACCUCUAUGGUGUCCAACUUAUCCUCCACACCAGCAUCCAUGGGGAAGCAACAGCAUUGCAGUGAUGGAAGGGAUGCCUCCUGUCAAGAGGCUCAAAUUUUAGGAAUACCAUCCUUAGAGGAUCCAAUGGAACUCUCUGGCCUUUCUAUUGCACAUACCAGCACAAAUUUGCCAGUGCAGCCAUUUGUUGAAACACCAGUCCAGAAUCUUGGGAUGCAACAGCUGCCUGUCUCUGGAGUUUCAACUUCUAUGGCAUCCAACUUAUCCUCCACACCAGGAUCAGGGGGGAUUCAACAACAUUGCAGUGAUGGAAGGGAUGCCUUCUGUCAAGAGACUCAAAUUUCAAAAAUACCAACCUUACAGGAUCCUGUGGAACUCUCUAGCCCCACUAUUGCACAUACCAGUAUGAAUUUGCCAGUGCAAGCAUUCAUUGACGUGGAAACACAAGUCCAGAAUCUUAGAAUGCAACAGCUGCCUAUCUCUAAAGUUUCAACCUCUACGGCAUCCAUCUUAUCCUCCAUAUCAGCAUCCGUGGGGAUUCAACAUCUCAGUGAUGCAAGGGAUGCCUCCUGUUUAGAGGCUCAAAUUUCAAGAAUACCAUCCUUACAGGGUCCAGUGGAACUCUCUAGCCCUGCUAUUGCACAUGGCAGUACAAAUUUGCCAGUGCAACCAUUCGGUGAGGUAGAAACACAAGUCCAGAAUCUUAGGAUGCUAGAGUUGUCUGUCUCUGAAGUUUCAUCCCCUAUGGCGACCAACUUAUCCCCCAGACGAGCAUCCAUGGGAAUUCAACAUCUUCCUAACGGAAGGGAUGCCUGCUGUCAAGAGGAUCAAAUUUCAGGAAUACCAUCCUUACAGGAUUUAGUGGUACUCUCCAGCUCCACUGUCACACAUCCCAGAACAAAUUUGGUGCAGCAACAGUUUCCUAGUGUGUCUGUGGGUGAAAAGGAAACACAAGUUCAGAAUAUUAGGGUGCAACAGUUGCCCCGCUCUACAGUUUCAUCCUUUAUGGCAUCCAACUUAUCUGCCAUCCAAGCAUCCAUGGGGGUCGAACAUCUCAGCAAUGAAAGGCAUGCCUCCUGUCAAGAGGCUCAAGUUCCAAGGCAGUCAUCCUUACAGGAGCUUGUGGGAUUUUGUAGCCUUCCUGUUAUACAAUCCAUCAGAAAUUUGCCAAUGCAACCAUUUGGAGGUAUGUCUGCAGGUGAAAAUGACACACAAGUCCAGAAUCCCACGAGCAGAGCUACGAUAUUUCAAUCCCUGCAUUCUCAUCCUUUUCAUGCAAACCUUACAAGAACAUUGCCACAGUAUGGUUGCUCAGACCCAUUCCAGAUUGAGAUUGAGAGGUUAGCGAAGUUAAAGGUGGAAGCCUCCAAGCUCCACGAACAUAUGAUAAUGCAGCUGAAGUCUGAAUGUAACAAAGAGAUAGAAGAAACAUACAAAAAGUAUGACAUAUUGUUUCAGGAUGCUGAAAUAGCGUUGGUAGAAAGGAAGAAGGUACUCAAUGCCUAUAGCAACAAAGUGUUCCUAAACAAGUUACUGGCAGAGACUUUGAUACUUAAACAGGAUUACAAUGAAGCAGCUGCUUCACCAGAUGACAAUGUCCAAAGUUUUAGGAAUCAGCUAAUUCAGCAAGCUACACAGAUGCCUCUGAGAAUUGGACAACCUUUAACAGUAGACCUUGGAGCAGCACCACCUGUGCAGGUGUUUAACCAUUCUUCAAUCUGCACUGCUGUGCCACAUCCUGCUUCCAUGACUGGUAACACGGUGCGAGCACCAGCUCCACAUCUUAGAGCUUUUAAUCCUCCAUCCAUGUCAACACCUCCGGUCCCAGCGCCAAGCCUGGUGUCAAACUGGCAAGUUCACAGUAAUCUGGAGACUGUUAUUGGUCACUGCAUGGAGAACCCAGGUUUCCAGUAAGAUCAUUUAGAAUUCAACCCCACCAAUAGACAAUCUGCAUAACUUGGAUUUUGACUUCUAAGAUCACACACCCCUACCAAUUAGCAAUAUGGAGUACCCGGUCUUUCUCUGGCUAGGUAAAGAAACUCAACUGGGAAAAUUUCGUAGUUUGGGAUGCAAUGGGUGGUUCACAAUUUUUAUUCCUUUUUGAUAGAUCAUAGGUUGGUAGAUUUGAAGCGUGGCUUCCCGUCUAGGAACCAUAGUCCAUGUAACUAUCUAUCAGUCAUAACAACUCACCUCCUCCCCUUGAGGAAUCAAAAUGGUUAUAACCACUUAUACUGACGGAAAGUAAAUAUGGUUAAAAAAACUUGUCCUCGGUUAUCAUCAUUAAGCUUAUGCAGGCGUUCUAGAUUUGUGAUACAUGGCAUGACUUUCACGUUGAAGAAUUAUUUUCUUUAGUAUGCCAAAGCACGACAAAACAUUCAGGAUUUAAAGUUACCGAACAGAAAAGUUGCAGGGCCAUUAGCUUAACUGAAUUCAUAUUUUUU